AUGUUGGUUUUACAACUGAUUUUAGUAUGGAAAUGCUUGUUGAUACAAUUGGCUGCUUGUUCCUCCUCAAAGGAGAGAACACAUGUGGACUUAGCAAUGUCAAUCGAUGAGUACUACGAUACCGUUAAUAGUAAAAUAUCGUAUACCAUGGUGGAAUUUACCACGCCAUGGUGUCACCAUUGUAAGAAAUUGAAGCCAAACUUUCUGAAGCUGAGCAAGAUGUACGAAAACGAUACAACUGUACCACCAGUAAAAUUUCUAGAAGUGAAUUGUGAAGUUUUUGGUACAACGAUUUGCAGAGAUAUGCCUGGAUUCCCAAUGAUCUAUUUAAUCCAACCCCGAGUUAAACCCUUAAUUUUACCAAAAAGUGAAACAUCUGUACCAUUUUGGCGCAAACUAUGGACGAAAAUUCGUAAUAGAAUCGAAGAUCCAAUGUGGCAAUUAGAUAAGGAUAGAAUCAUCAAUUAUAAUGGUAAACGUGAGGCAAUCCCCAUGAAAAAAUUCAUUGAAAGUGUAAGAGCUAAGGAUGCUUUGGUGGAAAGAGUGAACAAUGUACUGAAUGAUAAAUUCGAAUGUUCACAGGAUGACGAACCUUGCCAACUGGGCAAAAGAUAUGUUUUGGAGAACUUGGAUAAACUGUCACCAAAGCAAUUGGGACAAGAGAGGUUGAAAUUGGAAUCAAUUAUAAAAAAUGCGGGCGAAAAAGAAGACGAUGCAAUCAAGGUCGCAAUUGAACUGAUAAAAUUCAAAUUACAAAUUUUAAACCAUUUUGAUAAGAGCAAUGAAGAGCAGAUAAAUGUAUACGAUGAAUUAUAA